GCGCCGGGCGUGGAGGCGGUAACGCGCACGCGCGCAGGGAUCCGGCCCGGGCCGACCGCGCGGCCCGGCGAUUGCGGGUGACUAGCAUGCAGAUACCCAUUCUCUGACUUGCUGGCCCUCUACUGACAUGGCCCACCGGGGUGGGGAGAGGGACUUCCAGACUUCAGCGCGGCGCAUGGGCACCUCGCUGCUCUUUCAGCUUUCAGUGCACGAGCGGGAGCUGGACCUGGUUUUUCUGGAUCAUAGCUAUGCCAAGCCGUGGAGUGCCCACCCAGAUGCCAGUAGUGCUCGCCCUACGCGCAUGCUCUUUGUUACUCCCCGGAGGCAGCAUGAAAGUACCAUUGAAUCAGACGUCCCAAUAGAUGUGGAGACAGUCACAUCAACUCCUGUGCCCCUCUAUGACAAUCAGAAGGCACGCAGCGUGAUGAAUGAGUGUGAACGGCAUGUCAUCUUCGCUAGGACUGAUGCAGAUGCCCCUCCUCCACCAGAGGACUGGGAGGAGCAUGUCAACAGGACUGGCUGGACAAUGGCCCAGAACAAGCUAUUUAACAAGAUCCUCAAAGCCCUGCAGUCUGACCGGCUUGCCCGCUUGGCCAAUGAAGGGGCUUGCAAUGAGCCAGUGCUGCGCCGUGUUGCUGUGGACAAGUGUGCGAGGAGAGUGCGGCAGGCUCUGGCAAGUGUGAGCUGGGACACCAAGCUGAUCCAGUGGCUGCAUACCACCCUGGUGGAGACCUUGAGUCUGCCCAUGCUGGCCGCCUACCUGGAUGCUUUGCAGACACUGAAAGGGAAGAUCCCUACUUUGAUUGACCGGAUGCUUGUGUCAUCUAACACGAAGACUGGGGCUGCAGGAGCUGAGGCCUUGUCCCUCCUGCUGAAGAGGCCCUGGGAUCCUGCUGUGGGGGUACUUUCUCAUAACAAACCAAGCAAGCUCCCUGGCUCUCCUCUCAUUCUCAUUGCCUCCUCCGGGCCUUCUAGCUCCGUGUUCCCCACCUCACGCCGCCACCGCUUCUGGCAGUCUCAGCUCUCCUGCUUAGGCAAGGUCAUCCCCGUAGCCACCCAUCUGCUGAACAAUGGUAGUGGGGUAGGAGUUCUGCAGUGUCUUGAGCAUAUGAUUGGGGCAGUGAGAAGCAAAGUGCUGGAGAUUCACAGCCAUUUCCCCCACAAACCCAUCAUCUUGAUUGGCUGGAAUACAGGAGCUCUGGUGGCCUGUCACGUGUCAGUGAUGGAGUACGUCACUGCAGUUGUCUGCCUUGGGUUUCCUUUACUUACCGUGGAUGGUCCCAGAGGGGAUGUGGAUGAUCCCCUCUUGGAUAUGAAGACUCCAGUCCUCUUUGUCAUUGGGCAGAAUUCCUUGCAGUGUCAUCCCGAAGCCAUGGAAGAUUUCCGGGAGAAGAUUCGGGCUGAGAACAGCUUGGUGGUGGUUGGGGGAGCUGAUGAUAAUCUCAGAAUAAGCAAAGCAAAGAAGAAAUCAGAGGGGCUGACUCAGAGCAUGGUGGACAGAUGUAUUCAGGAUGAGAUCGUGGACUUUCUGACUGGAGUGCUUACUCGCGCUGAGGGGCACAUGGGCUCUGAGCCUCGGGAUCAGGAUGCUGAGAAGAAGAAGAAGCCUCGGGAUGCAGCCCGAAGAGACCUGGCCUUUGAGGUGCCCGAGCGGGGCAGUCGGCCUGCCUCACCAGCUGCCAAGCUGCCUGCCUCACCCUCAGGCUCGGAGGAUCUUUCCAGUGUGUCUAGCAGCCCCACCUCCAGUCCUAAGACCAAAGUGACUACAGUGACCUCUGCCCAGAAGUCCAGUCAGAUCGCAAGCUCUCAGCUCCUGAAGAGACAUGUGCAGCGCCCAGAAGCUGUGCUGACCCACAAACAAGCCCAAGUUCCCAUUUCAUCAGAACAAACGGAAGAGGCAGAGAAAGAGGAUCUUAGGGUCCAGCUGAAGCGCCACCAUCCCUCCAGUCCUCUUCCUGGCAGUAAGACCUCCAAGCGACCGAAGAUUAAGGUCUCCCUUAUCUCCCAAGGGGACCCAGCUGGAGGGCCUUGUCCUCCUUCCCAAGGAGGAGCUCCAGAAGCUGCGGGAGGGAAGCCCAUCACCAUGACACUGGGGCAGGCUUCAGCAGGGGCCAAGGAGCUCACAGGGCUUCUCACCACUACCAAGUCAAGUGCUUCUGAAGGGGGCGUCUCAGCCAGCCCAGCCUCCUCAGUGUCCAGCAGCACCACACCCAGUGCCUUGCACACACUCCAGAGCCGUCUGGUGGCCACCUCUCCUGGCAGCUCUCUCCCAGGGGCCACACCAGCCAGCAGCCUCCUUCAAGGCCUCAGCUUCAGCUUGCAGGAUAUCAGCAGCAAAACCUCUGGCCUCCCAGCAAAUCCUUCCCCAGGGCCAGCCCCACAGGCCACCGGUGUGAAGUUGCCCACCCCCAUGCAGAGCCUGGGUGCCAUCACCACGGGCACCAGCACCAUUGUCCGUACCAUUCCUGUGGCCACCACUCUCUCCUCCUUGGGUGCCACUCCUGGUGGGAAGCCCACAGCCAUCCACCAGCUGCUGACCAAUGGGGGCCUCGCUAAGUUGGCAAGCAGCCUCCCUGGCCUGGCUCAGAUCUCUAACCAAGCAUCAGGCUUGAAGGUCCCUACUACCAUUACUCUGACACUGCGUGGCCAACCAAGCCGAAUCACUACGCUGAGCCCCAUGGGCUCGGGAGCAGCCCCGUCAGAGGAGUCCAGCUCCCAGGCUCUGCCGUCCAGCUCACAGCGCCUGCCUCCAGCACCCUGAAGAUGCCGAGUGCUAUAUCUUCUUUACCGGGUUGGUGAUGGCUGCCGUGCGGUGAGCCCUGGGCACACGUGCUAUCCUGCUGAGCUGUCCACUUGUCUGAAGACCUCUUAAGAUCGCCAUUUUUGCCUCCCUGCCAGCUGUUUUCAGAAUGGGCCUCUGGGUCUCUUGAAACCAUUAGAUUAGGUGAUAUGGUGCACCAGCAAGGGGAACGUUGUCCUGUGGCAUCUAUGGGUCUGGUUCCUGGCAUCCCCAUGUUCCUCAGCAGAUCUGGCUGUACAUGGAUCAGAGGCAUUUCUUCUCCAGCAUUAACUAUGACUGACCCAAGUAGCUGUGUUGGACUGCUCACUGCAUUUAAUAAAAGAGUUCCUUUUGGAAGUCUGUGCUGCCCCCAUGCCAAG